AGUCAUACGUUGAAAACAUGCGAAAACAAUCUGUGUCCAGUUGGCCCCGUGGUGCUAAUAUUCAAGGCAAUGGCAACUAAGAAGCACUAACAGCAUAUUCAAUGAAACCCAAACCAAGAGUCGUAUAAAUUGCUCACUCUCUUCAACUGCAACGUCACACUCCUUUCUUCUUGCGUCUUUUCUUGGGUUUUUGAGAUUCAUUAUCAAGAAAAAGAAAAGAUGGUCAUGAGCAAUCUACUUCUAUCUGCUCUCAAAACCCAGUUCAGUUCAUACACCAAAUGUGUUACUGCCUCUGGCAGUUCACAGAAACAUUUACUUCAGGCUCCUUUCCUGGCCAAAUUUUAUAGUACAGAGGCAUCUUUGCAGAAGGUAGAUUCAACCACCAAUUCCAGGGAUGGUGGAGGUUAUAAGGGGCAUGAUAUGUUGGCGCCAUUCACUGCUGGGUGGCAGAGUACUGAUUUGCAUCCUCUAGUCGUAGAGAAAUCUGAGGGUAUCUAUGUUUAUGACAUUAAUGGGAAGAAGUAUCUCGAUUCUCUUGCUGGUCUUUGGUGCACUGCCUUAGGAGGAAAUGAACAGAAGCUUGUGGCUGCUGCAACAACCCAAUUGAACAAGUUGCCAUUUUACCACUCUUUUUGGAAUCGUACUACAAAACCUUCGUUGGAUCUUGCAAAGGAACUUCUAGAAACUUUUACCGCAGCAAAAAUGGCAAAAGCCUUCUUUACCAAUAGUGGAUCAGAAGCAAAUGACUCUCAGGUGAAGUUAGUUUGGUACUACAACAAUGCUCUCGGAAGACCAGAUAAGAAGAAAAUUAUAGCUCGCGCAAAAUCGUACCAUGGUUCAACUUUGAUAUCAGCCAGUCUUUCGGGCCUUCCAGCUUUGCACCAAAAAUUUGAUCUUCCAGCUCCAUUCGUAUUGCAUACUGACUGCCCUCAUUACUGGCGUUAUCAUCUUCCAGGUGAGACAGAGGAGGAAUUCUCAACCAGAUUAGCCAACAGUUUGGAGAGUCUCAUCCUAAAAGAGGGACCAGAGACGAUUGCUGCAUUUAUUGCUGAGCCUGUCAUGGGGGCAGGAGGUGUGAUACCUCCCCCAGCAACUUAUUUUGAGAAGGUGCAAGCAGUUGUAAAAAAAUAUGACAUUCUCUUUAUUGCUGAUGAGGUAAUAUGUGCAUUUGGAAGGCUUGGGACAAUGUUUGGGUGUGAUAAAUAUAACAUUAAACCAGACCUUGUAUCUGUAGCAAAGGCGCUUUCUUCUGCAUAUAUGCCAAUUGGAGCUAUAAUGAUGAGCCCAGAAGUUUCAGAUGUUAUACACUUUCAGAGCAAUAAACUUGGUACUUUUUCUCAUGGAUUCACUAAUUCUGGCCACCCUGUGCCAUGUGCGGUUGCUAUUGAAGCGCUCAAGAUAUACAAGGAGGGAAACAUUCCUGAGCAAGUAAAACAAGUUGCCCCUAAGUUUCAAGAUGGUUUAAAAGCCUUUUCUAACAGUCCUAUCAUAGGGGAGAUACGAGGAACUGGCUUGAUCCUUGGUACAGAGUUUACUGACAAUAAGUCACCUAAUGAUCCGUUUCCACCUGAAUGGGGGAUAGGUGCAUAUUUUGGAGCACAAUGUGAGAAACAUGGGAUGCUAGUGCGUGUUGCAGGGGAUAACAUAAUGAUGUCUCCACCGCUUAUAAUCACCCCUGAAGAGAUUGACGAGUUAAUUAGCAUAUAUGGGAAGGCACUGGAGGCUACUGAAGAGAGGGUAAACGAACUGAAGUCUCAACGGAAGAAACAGUAAACUACUCAAUUGCUCAACUGUAAUUGAUGAUGGCUAGCAUACUGUGCACUUGAUGUAAAGCACAUCUGUUGAGAAUUAUGAUGCAUUUGGUACCUAAAUAAAGCAUUUGGUGUUUCUCCAUGCUGGGAAUUGUGAUUGGAGUUCAAACUCAUAACUCAGAUGACUCUAUUACACUAAGCUAAAGCUUAUCGGUCCGGAUUGGCUUC